GGCCGCGUGGGGACGCCCCGAGGCCCUGCACAGGCUUCCCUGACAACCACCAGCAGCACCACGCCGCUCUUGUUGUUGCUGUUGUUGUUUAACUUUCGUAUUCAUCUCUUAACAAUCAAUCUUACACACACGCCGCUCGCCACGAUAUGCCCACCAAGGCGCAACAGAAAGUCAAGCAGGGGGGCCCUGUAGUCAAGGCCCCGAGCAAGCAGGGAAAAUCCAAGAAAUCCAAGGAAGAGGAAGAAGGCACAGAGAUGGGGGAUGGAGAUGACUGGGUGCAGCCACGGACCCUCGUGAAGCCUGAAGACCAGCUGGAGCUCACGGAUGCUGAGCUCAAGGAGGAGUUCACGCGAAUCCUGACGGCGAAUAACCCCCACGCCCCGCAGAACAUCGUGCGCUACAGCUUUAAGGAGCGAGUCUACAAACCCGUGGGAACCUUGGAUCAGCUGGCCGUGCACUUUGCAGUAGACGGGAACCUGCUGCACCGCGAAUCAGACGAGGCGCGCCGGCAGCAGCUCAGAGGUAGCGGCUGCCUCAAUGGUGCACCGCCGGUGAGCGAGGUGGAGGUUGGGGAGAGGCUAACGGAUGGAGGGGAGACACUGUCCCCCAACAGGGGCGAGGGAGGAGAGGUCAAAAGCCAGGACGACGAGGAGGAGGAGGAGGCCAAGGAGACCAAGGUGGCGUCCAAAAGCGAGCAGAAGCUCACCAACCAGUUCAACUUCAGCGAGCGCGCCUCCCAGACCUUCAACAACCCUUUACGGGAGAAGAGCAGCCAGACUGAGCCACCACCCAGGGCCAUCUUCUCAGCCACGGUCAAUCAGUGGGAGGUGUACGACGCCUACGUGGAGGAGCUCAAGCGGCAGGAGAAGAUCAAGGAGAAGCAGCAGCAGAAGGGCGGCGGGGGCGGCCGGCGCGACGAAGGGGGGCCCCGUGCCCCAAAGAAGUUCACACUCGUAGAGACGCAGGGCGAUGACAUCACCAAGGUGGCCAUGGCAGCGAAGAUCAUCGAGCGCAUGGUCAACCAGAACACCUUUGACGACAUCGCUCAAGAUUUCCGCUACUUUGAGGAUGCCUCAGACGAGUACCGCGAGCAGGACGGGACGCUGCUGCCAUUGUGGCGCUUCCAGUGCGAGCAGGCGCGGCGCCUUACCGUCACCGCUUUGUGCUGGAACCCCUGUUAUCACGACCUCUUUGUAGUCGGCUUCGGCUCCUACGAGUUCCAGAAGCAGGGCCGCGGCGCGCUCGUGGUGUUCACCCUCAAGAACCCGUCCUUCCCGGAGUUCGUGUUCACCACGGAGAGCGGCGUCAUGGGCGUGGACAUGCACGGCGCGCGGCCGCACCUCGUGGCGGCCGGCCUGUACGACGGCACGGUGGCCGUCUACAACCUGGCGGCGCCGAUGGACGCGCAGCCCUCGCACCGCAGCAGCGCCCGCUCCGGCAAGCACACCGACCCCGUGUGGCAGGUCAAGUGGCAGAGGGACGACCUGGACAAUAACUUAAACUUCUUCUCGGUGUCCUCGGACGGGCGCGUGGCCUCCUGGACACUCAUCAAGAACGAGCUGCUGUGCAUGGACGUGGUGAAGCUGAGCGCGGAGGAGGGGCAAGCGGCGCCGCUCGGCGAGGACCCGGUCUUAGAGACUCUGAGUAGCGGGACGUCCUUCGACUUCCACCGGCAGAUCGACCACAUGUUCCUCGUGGGGACCGAGGAGGGGACGAUUCUCAAGUGCUCCAAGGCGUACUCGAGCCAGUUCCUGGACACGUACGAGGCGCACCACAUGGCGGUGGAGGCUGUGCGCUGGAACCCCUUCCACACGCGCGUCUUCGCCUCCUGCAGCGCCGACUGGAGCCUCAAGAUCUGGGAGCACACGUCCAAGGCGCCCGUGUUCACAUUCGACCUGGGAGCUGCCGUGGGCGACGUCGCCUGGGCCCCCUACUCCUCUACCGUGUUCGCCGCCGUCACCGCCGAUGGGAAGGUGCACGUGUUCGACGUGAACGUGAACAAAUACGAGGCGCUGUGCACGCAGAGCGUGUCCACCAAGAAGCACACGAAGCUCACGCACGUCGCCUUCAACCCCUCGCAGCCCGUGCUCAUCAUCGGAGAUGACCGCGGCGUCGUCUCCAGCCUCAAGCUGUCGCCCAAUCUGCGGCGCAUGCCCAAGGAGAAGAAGGGCCAGGAGACGGCACGGGGCCCCGAGGCCGAGACGGCCAAGCUCGAGCGCCUGCUCGCCCUCAUCCGCGAGCCCGACGGGAAGUAACGCCGUCGCGCCGGGCACAUGACAGCGACGCGUGCGUUCGGUCCGUGCGCCCGAGUCUGAGGUUUUUUUCCUUCCCCCCUCUUUCCCAAUAAAUUAAACCUAUGCAACAUUCCG